AUGAAGCUGCUGGUCAACAUCAAAAUUCUCCACUUACAGAGGCGGGGUAAGUAUUUAUUGCCAACUUUGUUCCCUUGUAUUGUAGAGUUUAGGUGUUACCUCUGAUGGUGACUUAAUCUGAUGAGCCAUUCACAGGUGUGGCAGCGACUGUAGAUGGCAUUUUCUCUGGCAGAGCUCGAGGCAUCGACGAUCAUGUUCUCUCUCUUGGUUUUUGCCCUCUUCACACUCACGGGGAUACUCAUCGAGGACUGUCCGCUCUCAAAUG